AUGAGAAUAUUGGUUGCUUUUUGUAUUUUGGCUACUUUUGUAGCUGCAAAUAAUGACAGAAGUUGGACAACAGAAGAAGGUGUCAAAAUCGAAAUUAUCAAGAAAAUCGGAGGUAUGCAUUUUUUUAAUUUUUUGAACCAAAUCGUGCCAUUUUCAAUUAAUUGAACUAGCGUGGCCACAAUUUGAGUAGGAACUGGGUCACCAGAAAGAAAUCGGGAUAGAACUGAUUUUUUAAAUUCUAAAUCAGACCAUUUUCUUGAAAACCUCGAUGUUGGGUGUCUGAAUCUGACAAUCAAAAACUUGGUCAAAUUCAGAUAUUCCUCAUGUCCGAUUAAAAAACUCCCGGGGUUUUUUUCAAAAUGUAAUUUGGAGUUGUGGUAACUGUCAUAUGAAUAUUUAGAUUCAAAAUGCAAAAUAAAAUCACAAUCCGGUGAUCAACUUGAACAAUUUUAUAAAUUGACAAACAAGGAAGGAAAAGUUGUCGGAAGUAAUUUUGGACAGAAACCGUGAGUUCAAGAAUUUCGAAACAUUAUUUUUCAUAUUUAUUUUUUUGAAGAUAUACAUUCACUUUGGGAACUGGUCAAGUAAUUCAUGGAAUGGAUGUUGGAAUGGAAAAUAUGUGUGUUGGAGAACAAAGAAAAGUUAUUAUUCCACCAGAACAAGGAUUUGAUGAAGAUGGAGAUGAAGUUGAGGGGGUAAUAUUUGAAUUUCAGAAAAUUAUAUGGGUCCCCUUAGAUACUGUAAGGGAUUUAUGUUUGGAAUUGGAAUAACGUACGUAUGUGACAAAACGAAGUAGUUAGAAAAUACAUAGUCUCACAAAAAUACUGAAAAAAAAUUAAUGUGAAAUAAAUCCUAAAGUACUUCAUAAGUUUUGAAUAAAAUGAAAAACUUGAAAAUUUUAUUACAAUUUUAGUUGAUAAUUACAGUACUGCGGCACAUUUAAAGGCACAAGUACGUAGAAUUUUUUAGAAUAAUUUGAAAAACCCUAAUUUCAACGAACUACAGUAAUCUUUUUUAUGGUGGUUUCAAGAUGUUCCAGAUUUGUGACAGAAGUGAAUGAAGUAGUUUCUGUUUUCUGAGUUCCUAAAAAUAUUCUCUAACCGAUUCAUGGAUAUAGAAUUUGAACUUAAAUUUAUCAGGGAAAUUUGGAAACUGAAAAAUAUUCCUUGUUUAUUUCUCACCUAUAAAAUUUGGCCCCUCGUUUAACUUUUGUUAGAAAAUUAGCUAUCUAUUUAUUUUUGGAUUUCCCACGUUUGUUUUAAAGUUCACCUACAGUAAUCCAUCCUUUGGGAAAUCAGAAAAUAGAUUUUGAAUAUCUACAACAAAAACAUAUCACCUCAUUUUGUCGACCUAUGAAUUUGAAAACAGAAAUUUCUAAAAUUCUGUAUAUUUUCUCUUCUUGAGAUUCUGAACUUCAGAAAUAAAAAAAAAUAAUUUAGAAAUUUGAAAAUCAAUUUAAAUUUAUUUCAUAUAAAUCACAAACAUAUUUUUUCAAACCAAGUUUUCCUUUCAAAAAUAUUUUUCAGCAAGGUGAAACUCUGUAUUAUUUCGUCGAACUCAAAAGUAUUUUCCGUCCAAAUCCCGGAGAGAAAUGGAUAACAGAUGAAGGUGUUCAUAUUCACGUAACUCAUCAAAUCGAUGAUUGUGAUGUUCGAGCUGAAGCUGGUGAUACUUUACAUCAACAAUAUACUUUGACAUUGGAAGAUGGAACAUUUGUUGAUUCGAGUUGGAGUAGAAAUCGACCAUUUAUUUUUAAAAUGAAUUCAGGAGCUGUUAGUUUUUUUCGAAUUCAGAUUUUUCAAUUUAUCAAAAAUUCAGGUAAUUCCUGGAAUGGAUAUUGCAAUGGCUGGUAUGUGCCAAGGCGAGAAACGAAAAGUUAUCCUUCCACCAGAUCUUGGUAAGAAUUUUCAACAUUUUUCCCGAAAUAUUUUGUUAUUUGCAGCCUACGGUGAGAAAGGUCGACCACCAGCAAUUCCUGGCAACUCAUUCCUUCAUUUCGAUUUAGAACUUCAAAAAUUGAUUCGUCCAGGAAAAGAAGAAUUGUAA